UUGAGAAGCAAAUUUGGUUGGGAUAUGAAAUUGAUUAAGAAGCGAAUUUGGUUGGGAUACGAAUUUGGUUGGGAAGCGAAUUUGAUCGGGAUACGAAUUUGGUUGAGAAGCGAAUUUGGUUGGGAUACGAAUUUGGUCGGGAUACGAAUUCUGUUUGGUUGGGAAGCGAAUUUGGUCAGGAUACAAAUUUGGUUUGGAAGCGAAUUUGAUACGAAAUUGGUUGCAAAAUGA